GCCAGGCUUACUAGUGGAAAAGCUGAAACGACCACAUAUCUCCUGGUGUAGCAAAGAAGUUCUCCUUCUGCAAGGCAUUUGCUGAACUGCUGAAAAUUAUUUUGAAUAACAUGGCAGAGAAGGAUUUCAUCAGUUGGCAUCUACUGGCUUUAUUUUUUCUUCCAUUUUGCCUGUGUCAAGAUGAAUACAUGGAGGUGAGCAGAAGAUCUUAUAAACCAGUGGCCAAAGUAUUGCAAAGUCACCACCAGACUGGCCAUAAAGGUUCCAGAAGCAGGGAAAUAUUGAAACAGCGGAGUCAACUUAUAGAGUGGACUGUUGAUAAUAGCACUUCUGCAGACCAAAAAGUCCUGAGACCAGAGGUAGAUGAUGUAGAACUGACUACCUCAGAUAGAGUCCAGCCCCCUCAAACUGGACCGCAGAAUCCAGACUGUAGUUCUUGCUGCCGUGCUGACUUUGGAGUUCGACUCUACCAGGGGCCCCCCGGACCUCCCGGCCCCCCUGGGAUGCCAGGAAAUCAUGGAAACAAUGGGAAUAAUGGAGCAACUGGCCAGGAAGGAGCCAAGGGUGAGAAAGGAGACAAAGGAGAUAUGGGACCAAGGGGAGAGCGUGGCCAUCAUGGACCCAAAGGCGAGAAGGGUUACCCUGGGAUUCCCCCAGAGCUACAGGUUGCAUUCAUGGCUUCCAUGGCUACUCACUUCAGCAACCAGAACAGUGGGAUCAUCUUCAGUAGUGUUGAAACCAACGUUGGGAAUUUUUUUGAUGUCAUGACUGGGAGAUUUGGUGCUCCAGUGAACGGGGUGUAUUUCUUCACCUUCAACAUGAUGAAACAUGAAGAUGUGGAGGAAGUCUACGUGUACCUGAUGCAUAAUGGUAAUACGGUUUUCAGCUUAUAUAGCUAUGAAUCCAAAGGGAAAGCAGACACUUCAGGAAACAGUGCAGUGCUAAAACUUGCCAAGGGAGAUGAAGUCUGGCUCAGAAUGGGAAAUGGAGCCCUCCAUGGGGACCAUCAACGUUUCUCUACCUUUGCUGGCUUUCUUCUUUUCGAAACCAAAUAAAAAAAGAAACAACCCAAUAGAUGUUUAUCUGAGGAAACUUCUUUUUUGGAACUGCUAUUUUUCUCUGGACUGUGGAUUAGCAUUAUGACAUUAAAAGAUCAAGAAGGCUUGUUUUGAUGCAAUGUGUUGCUAUUUGUUUAUCAAAGAUGAGGUAAAUACAUUGGGUAGUUGAGACACAGAUUCAUAUAAGACAUAUUGUCAUUUGGGUUGUGUCUAAUGAAUCACUAAAUGUUGCUAGUGCUGUCUUCUCCAGAGUAGGUGAAAAACAAAGGAAAAAGCUUUUAAGUAAUUCAGAGAGCAGCUUGCCCAGUAAAGUCAAAUUUGUCUGUAAAGAUACUUUGAUUACAUAUAUGUCAGGAGUUGAACAAUUGCUUCAUGUUUUUCUGUUCACUUGAUUAAUGUUUUUCUGUUCAUUUAUUCCAUUAUUAUUACAUGUUCAUUUAAGUUUGCAUCAAGGAAACAGGCCUGAAUGAAUUAUAAGUAGGCUCAGCUGAGACCAGAUUUAAAGGAAGAAUUUUUUACUGGACUAGAAUGAACUUUACAAAUAGAAGAAAAAAAAAAAAGUGAAAAUAAAGAUGUCAAGGAUACAGGUUUAUUGCAUUCCCAUCUCAAACCUCUGAAGAUAUAUCUGGUAUUCUUUUUCAUAGAUUUUUAGUACAUAUUUCUGCUCUUUCUCUCUCUCUUAAAAGAAGUUAUAGUAAUCCUUGCCUUUAGUAGCCGCUUGAAGCAAAGUUAGUUUAGCCUGGAGUGUGGAGGGGAUAAAACAGGGGAAAUGCAAUGUUUCUUCCUAGCCUUCAAAUUGUCAAAACCUGAUAUAACUGAACACAAGGUGUCAGAGCAGAGGCAUAUGUGCUGGAGAAACUGGGAUAUGCCAACAGCCCAAACAGAAAAACACACACUUUGCAGAAUUUGGAGCUCUUUUAGAAGGAUAUACCUUUCAUAUUGCAUAUUUACUUAACAGUGAAGUUGUUGAUACAGUCUUCCUACCAGCCUUCCAAGAACCAGUGUUUCAGGAAAAGACAUUGCAGCCUGGCACCACAUCAGCUAACUCAGUUCAAUAUUUAACUGGUGACAACAAAUGCUGGUUGGCACAGAAGUUCUGGUCACAGUAAACUAGGCCAUUCUUCAGCACUUGCCACCAGCUUUUCAGGAUCUGGGUACAUGAAAUUCUGUCUCGCUGUUUUCUUUUGAUCAGAAUCAACAUCAAAUACAGUAAGACAAUACUGAAGUUUGAAAGUAUCUUCUGCACAUUCUGGCUCUCAACACAGAAGCUAAUGAAAUACAAAUUCUAUUUUAUCAGACAUUACAUUUUAACCAGACAUUACCUGUCAUUAAUGUAUAACAAGAAGGUGGGGUUAGGAAAACUUUUAUUUUAAAUUCUUCUAUAUUGGAUAGAGAUACUAGUAGCAUGACAGUAGAGCAAAUAAAUCAAAAUCUGCCCUAUGACUUUGUAUGUCCUUGUACAUACUCCUGGUGUAUGUAAACCACAUCUUGCUAUGAAAAAUGCAUGUUGAUACUUGAUGAUGAUGAUUUGUGAUUUUUAAAUGUUAUGCAUCAACCACUGAAAAUAUUAGCUUUAAUGACCUGUCAACUGAGGAGUUUUAUAGUUUCUUUAGGAACUUGAGUCAGGUUUGCACCACAUAGGUUUUCAAAACCUGAGACCAUGUUAUUUUAAUAAGCAUUUUAGUAAAAUUCUGGCAUGCGUUCAAACUAAAACCCAUCUACCCAGGUAAUCAGAUAAUGUUAUUGUUUUGGAAUGAGUGCACAAUUUGUAUGAGAUAUAUGGCAUCAUCACAUAAUGUUCACAGUAGAAAAAGUCUUGAAAAAAAAAUUUUGUUGUUGUGUUAGGAAUGUUAGCUUAAUUUGUAACACAUACAUUUA